UUUCUUGCAUAGAAAAUAAAAAUAAGAAAAUGAGUGGUGACAGCAAAGAAAGACGUUCCAGAAGCCCAAGGCAAAGGCGGAGAAUUGGUAGGGACACAAACAGCAAUGAUCAACGUUCACUGCGCUGCAGAGUGUUUGUUGGUAAUUUAGCAGUGGAUAAAGCAUCAAAAUUAGAAAUUGAAGAAAUAUUUGGAAAGUAUGGCACCAUCGAUAGUGUUUCCAUCCACAAAAACUUUGGGUUUGUUCAAUUCACCGAUGAAAAAGGAGCAGAUACAGCUGUUUUAGAAAUGCAUGGAAAAACAAUAUUUGGAAAAAGAAUUGAUGUAAAUUUGGCUGGAAUGAGACGCAAAGCUCAGGAGAAAGACAAAUUUGAAGCUCCUCCCCCAAAAGAAGAAGUCGUGCCUGAAAACAUGAUGCAUAUAGGCAAACGAUCCCCUAGAAGGCGUUCACGCUCUCCCGUUCACAGCGGCUCAAAUUAUGGUCGAUCUUUGUCACCAAUGUCAAGAUACGAAGAACUUUAUAGGAAAGAUGAUCCAUUUGGAAGAUAUGGUGCCUAUGAUCCUCAAAGAGAUUUUCCACCUGGUAGAGGAUAUGCACCACAUCCUCACGAUGAUGGUUACCCACCUCCAUAUAGUGGCAGGGAAUUUCCACCGAGAAGUAACCCAUACGGUAGAUCAUACGAUGAUCAUAGACCACCUCCACAACGCUUUAGGCCGUCAACAGACUGUGAAAUCAUCUCUUUAUCUAAGGAGGAAAGCCGUUAUGCAGAGGAAGUUGAAGCUCGGCUGCGUAGUAUUGGACUGGUUUGUAACAUAGGUUAUCCUCCCAUUGAUUUGCCAGUGGCAGAAGUAAUUGAUCGUAUUACUCGUGCUGGAACACUUUAUGUGAUUGUUGUAUCUGCGCAAAAUGCGAUUCAUCGUUCUUGUACACUGAACAUACUUCAUGGCGCUCGACAAGAACAUCGAAAUAUGCCACUCGAUGAUGCAAUAUCUUUUGUGGCAAGAAAUUUUGAUACAUAUUUAAAAGUUUUGCGUGAACCUUUUCGAGGGCCACCUCCAGGUGCGUAUGACCCUGUUUAUGAUAGGGCAUACCCACCACCUUCCUCUCAUAAUCCACCUGUAGGUGGAGUACCACCGGCUAGAGAAAAAGCCAUGUCAACCGAUGAACUCAAUGCUAUGAUUGAAAAGCUAAAAAGAGAAAAAGAGCAAAGAGAAGCAGGUUUGAGAAAGAAUGAUGAGAAUGGUGCACUAGCACAAGGUGGACAGUCGGAGCAGCUGUCAAAUAACACUUCUGCUUCUGAUAUGAAUUACCCUCCAUAUUCUCAAGGAAAUUCAUCGAGAGGUGAACAUGAUGGUACACGAGCGCCACAAUAUUACAAUCAGCAACAGCAUUCGUACAGAUAGACAAGUUAGAUAAACUGUUAUAUUUGUUUGCAGAAAUUAUGACAUGCAAAAUCACAAACAAGAAGGGGUAAAAAGGAUCAGAAAGAGAAAAUGGAAAUCUUGUUUUACUUGUACCAAAUUUUUGGAGUUUAUGGAGAACUUUUCUUGUAUGUUUACUGAGUAAAAAAAGCAUAUUUGAGAACUGAUUUGUUUUUAUUUUUUUGUAAAUAGUAUUUUUGGUAUGCUCAGUUGAAUAUAACUAUAUGUAUACGACUUUACAAAAAGUGAUAUAAUUUAAUAAAUUUCUGGC